AUGGUUAUUAAUGAUAAAUUGUGUCAAUAAUACUUAGAGUAGAAUAAUAAUAUCAAAGAUAUUUCUCCAACUUUCUGCUUGAUUUUCCAAUUGAUGAAUAUGAUNGAAUCUGAUUGCAAAAGUAUUUAAUAUAUAUAAUUUUAUAGAAUGUGCUAAUAACUGGGCUUUAGUUGGAGGUAAAUGCUAAGCUUUACCAAACUUCAUUUUAUUAGAAUAAUCUUUCUUAGAAGAUAAAUUCACUGGAAUUAAUGGUUGGAUACUUAAAAACAAUAAAGCAGGAAGAUAAAUUAAUGAAUGCAGUGGUAAAUCUAUGGUUGGAGGAUAUGAUGUUAUGGGUAUAGGCGCUAGUGCUACAAAAACAUUUGAGAUUCCACCACAUAAGAGACUUAGAUUGUAAUCCACACUCUAUAAGAUUGAUUCAUGGGAUGGAGAAUUUAUGAUUAUUAGAGUUGAUGGUGCUGAUGUUUGGAAGACAUCUUGGAAUCUCUAAACUGGAGGUGCCAAUUUCUGUGGUUGGGGUGUUUUUUGGGAUGGUAUUGUCAAUGUUGAUGAAAUCUUCAAUCAUUAAGCUCCUAAGGCUGAAAUAGUCUUCACAUCUACUUUAGAUCAAGAUGCUGCUGAUGGUAAUUUCUAUUAUAACAAUAUUUAGAAUCAUGGGGUUUCAGAGAUUUCAAAUUAUGGUAUGAACCAAAAGAAUCAUGUGCCAUUUUCUAUAGUGAAUGUGAUUUCAAGGGAGCUUCAUUUGAAUUCUGUUCUAAAUCACCGAACUUCUAAAAUGAUAACAUUCCACCAUAAAUUAGAUCUAUUAAGGUCCCACCAUAAGGAAGAGUUACCUUAUAUGAAAACACAGAUUAUAAUGGAAAGAAGGUUACUUAUACCUCAGAUCAAGCUUGCAUCCAAAACUUCGAUGUAAUUAUUAUUUUCAUCUAAUUUAUUAGUUUGCAUUUAUUCAAAAGAGUGCACAUGUUGAAGGUGGUUGGGUUGAAGUUCAAUAAUGA